AUGGCCGAUGCUUCGAGAAAGGAGUGUCGAUUACAUAGCACUAUGGAUGCCACAAGGGAUACCCAGGAGGUGAUUCGUCAUCGUUUGGCCUAUAUCGCGAGGCCUCCGUCGCGUAGGCCCGAAGGUUGCAUGUUCACCUGGCGUGGCCAAUAUCCGUCCGCGCGAUUGUUCCGCGGAAAUCGCGAUUCCGCCGCGUCGCGUUGUCGUGUUUCUAAGUAUGUCGAUUGGGUUGCAGCGGCGGGGUUGGCGUUCGCGUCUCGCCGUGUUACGCCGCUGCACGAGCCCUGGGGCUUUGCCCCUCCGCGUCAAGCCGCGCACGCGUUUGGAGCCCUAGCUCCAGUUAGAAAAGUCGGAGUACCCUAG